GACCAAUCGACAAGCGUUUGGUGCUCGUACCGACCGAUACCAACCGUCGUCGGACAGCAGCAGCUAGCAGCAUCUAGCGUAUACGGACGGCAGUACGUACAGACAACAGUAGGACAAAAACAGAAUAACGAAAACAAGGAAAAAUAAUAACAAAAUAACAAUAAUUUCGUUACUCCGUACGGUUUUUUGCAUUUUUUUGAAUGUGCCGUUCGCCCGGCCGCGUCCCAGUCACGUAAAGUCAUACGACGACGACAGCGACGACGAUUCACAGUAUUUCCGCCCGCAGUACGCGACGCAAUCAGACAACGGUGGCGGUGACCAUCGCUACGAAAGUACGAAACGUCCGUUAGGAUACUAUGCUAUGUCCGUUUGCCUAGACAUCGGGAGGACGGCCGGAAGCGUUCAGCAGUUGGCCAUUCAAAAUCAAACGGAACGACGGUCGUCGGCCGUUACGUCGUCAUAACGGUCAUUGUCUCCACUAUUGGUCGAUAAAUGAAUAGGUCCAGAUCAGGUUACGAUAGCGAAACGGAUGAUGGAGAAGAUUCAGAUGAUUAUGCGAUGCCACUCGGCAUCCCAAUUGUAUCUAGUGAAGAUGGUCGACGGUUGGUUGAAUAUAAACCAACAUCAAACCAAUCUAUCAAUAAAGGUCGCUGGACCAAAGAAGAGGAUAUUAGGUUAAAGCAACUUGUAGAAGAAUAUCAAGAACGAUGGGAUCAUAUUGCCCAACAUUUCAACGAUCGCUCAGAUAUUCAAUGCCAACAGCGAUGGCACAAAGUUGUGAAUCCCGAUUUAGUAAAAGGACCUUGGACAAAAGAAGAAGACGAAACUGUAUUAGAACUUGUUGAAAAAUAUGGACCUAAAAAAUGGACUCUAAUAGCACGACAUUUAAAAGGCCGAAUAGGUAAACAAUGUCGUGAACGAUGGCAUAAUCAUUUGAAUCCAAAUAUAAAAAAAAGUGCAUGGACAGAUGAAGAAGAUAGAAUUAUAUUCAGGGCACAUACUCAAUGGGGGAAUCAAUGGGCUAAAAUUGCAAAGUUGUUACCAGGAAGGACUGAUAACGCUAUAAAGAAUCAUUGGAAUUCAACUAUGCGGAGGAAAUAUGAAAUAGACGAUAAAGGAGAAGUAUAUGGUAGGAGCAUAUUAAAGCCUAAAUCAAAAAGUAUCAGAGCACCAAUGGAAAACAGAGAAGAAUCUAACACAAGUCACCCCAAUACAUUACAAGUUAAUCAAUCAGAGUACAUUACUAUUGAUGUUCCUUCACAAUAUUACAGUUGGAUGCCUCCAAAAUAUAUUCCAGAUGAUCCUCAGUCUAAAUUAGAUCCCGAACAAGAUGUCCGGGAUAAAGCUGAAGUUGUUGCAGCUGCAGAAGUUUUGAAUUCUUUAAUGUCAACGCCUCAAAAGAAAAAUGAAACUAAAGAAAAUGAUGUGUUCAAGAUUAAUUAUAAAUUGGUAUCUCCACCUAGACCAGCUUCAGUACCUUUGCAAACUAAUUCACCGCCAUGUUAUUCACCAUACAGGUUAUUUGAGACUGGAGGUUUUGUUGAAACUCAACAAACUAGUAAUAGUGUUGUUGGUAGUUCUCCUGAUGAAGGAUAUGCAGAACUUCAUCUUGUUACACCUACAAAAACACCAAAAAAAGAUAAUUGCCCAGAACUUUAUUAUCAGUAUGAUGCUGUUACACCAAAUAAAUCAAAUAUAUUUUCCCCAAAUAAUAAAGUUACUCGGCGGCGUAGGAGUUUUUCAGAAUAUCCUGAAAUUGGCUUAAAUUUACAAUGCAGUACUAUUUUGUCAGGCUUGAGCAUACCUGGAACGCCUGAGAAACGAACACCAAUAAAACAACUACCGUUCAGUCCCUCACAAUUUUUAAAUAGUCCGUCGUUGUCAUUUGAUGUUAACUCAUCUUCAACACCUGUCAGGCGUCUAUUACCUAGUUGUAGUAGUAAACCUAAUGAAGAUAUAAGUGAUCAGACUAUAAAAUCUGAAACCUUAGUUACACCAAAUUUAACUUAUAAGUUUGCUGGAAGAAGUCGUGAUGAUGUUAAGACUCCAGAAACAUUGCAUAGAAUUAAUACUCCUCACACACCUACACCAUUCAAAAUUGCUCUUGCUGAGGCUGGCCGUAAAAUGGGUGUGAAACAUUUAGCUCAAUCUCCGUCUGCUUUAAUUGAAGAUAUAACUGAUUACAUAAAGCAAGAAGAUCGAGUUAAAAAAGAAUCUGAAUUUUCUGAUUCACAGUAUGAAACUGAUAGCUCUAAUAUGUUUUGUGAUACUAAUGACACAGUUGCAUGUGGAAAAGAAAAUGCCGAACCGCUUUCACCUACACCCCAGAAAAAAGCAAGAAAAUCUCUUGCACCCGUGUGGGCUUCUCCAACAGCUUCUUGGAAUCAACCUAUAGACUCAUCUUCUAAAACAAUUAGAGAGACGAAUACGGAAGAUGUUUAUUCAACAAAUGUAGAUGAUACUAGGAACAUCUUUACAUCUGAAGAAUAUUCAGCUUCAAAGGUAUUUGGAAUGGCUCUACUGCCUCACCAGAUGUUUCGGAGACAACAGUUAUCCGCAGACAGUUACCACAGUCGUCCGACGGCAGCAGUGUCCUCAAAGCGUCUACACAUUGGAAAGUUCACUCAGACAAAAAUGGUCCGGCCUCGUAUCCAAGAAUGAUGUGAUGUGGAAGAUUACAUGUGGAAAGACUGUUGACCAACAAGAAAUGACAGCCUUAGCUUAUCAAUGUUUGCAAAUGAAAACGCCACAUAAAAACCUAAGCACUAAAGCGCCUGGAUUUAAACCACGGCAAUUA